AAGUUUUCUUGCCUCUUAAUGAUCCAAAAAUGGGUUCUUUAUCAUCAUCUUCUUCUUCUUCACAAUUUCAUGUAGCAGUGGUUCCUCAAAUUACGACCUUUCUUUUCUUCUUCAUCUUCUUCUUUCCAAAUGGAGCUUCAUCGGCGACCAUUACUGUUGUGAACGAUUGUGGAUUCACUGUUUGGCCCGGAAUCUCAGGCAACCCAGCUUUCAAUACCACCGGAUUCGAGCUCACAGGGGGUAAUUCGCACUCCUUUCAAACUCCAGAGACCUGGUCAGGUCGUGUGUGGGGUAGGACUGGUUGCACCUUCAAUGGGUCCAGUAACGGGUCGUGUGCCACCGGUGACUGUGGCACCGGUGAAGUGGAGUGCAAUGGAAGAUCGUACAAAGGACCCGUAACAAUAGCAGAGUUCAGUAUCAGUCAAUUUCAAGACCAGGGGUUUUAUGAUGUCAGCCUUGUCGAUGGCUACAACUUACAGAUGAUUGUGGAGGCAACUGGUGGAUCAGGUUCCGGGUUGCGUAGUUGUGCGAAGACAGGUUGCGUUGACGACUUGAAUCGACGGUGCCCCGGGGAACUGAGGUUGGCGGAUGGAGGAGGGUGUAUGAGUGCUUGCCAGGCCUUCGACUCGCCUGAGUAUUGUUGUAAUAGCCAGUUCGGAACACCGUCAACGUGCAAGCCAACGGCAUAUGCUCAAUUGUUUAAAUCAGCAUGCCCGAGAUCCUAUAGCACCCCAUUCGAUGAUCAAACUAGUACAUUUUUGUGUAGGCAUGCUGAUUACACUGUUAGAUUCUGUCCCUCCGCCGAUGCAUUUUCGACAAUCAAACUCGGUGGUCAACUCAACUCCACUGACCAGCUUGUUUCCAUCCGUGGGAAUUUCACAUUAGGGUUCUUUGAUGAAGAUUUCAGUUACUUAGGAAUUUGGUACACCGACGACGUUCAAUCCAGAAAAGUAUGGGUAGCCAAUCCUAAUGCACCAAUCACAUCCGCCUCAGGCGCUCAUGCCCUGUCCAUCGACCCCAACACCGGAAACUUGAUCAUUACUGCCGGAGGAAGAACUCUCAUGAGCAUAACUGAUGUUCAAGCUGGUCCAAACCCAAACUUGACUGCAACCCUCGAAGACACUGGUAAUUUCCGGCUGAUCAACCAAAUUGACCAGAGAGUUUUGUGGCAGAGUUUUGAGCACCCGACCAACGUACUUUUACCGGGUAUGAAGCUUGGGUCUAGCAUGACAACAGGGCAGAACUGGUCCCUAACUUCUUGGCUGAGCAAUGAAAUCCUUGAUCCAGGAGCUUUUACUUUGAGCUGGGAACCUAUCGAAGAAGCAUCUCAGAGAUUAAUGAUUCGACGACGAGGGCAACCUUAUUGGACUAGUGGGAAUCUGAAUGAUCAAACAUUUCAAUAUAUAUAUGCAUUGAAUGGUCGCGGUAGCCAAUCCCAUUAUAAUCUCACUUCUGUAUACAACAAUGAAGAACGAUACUUCAGCUAUGAGGGUAGUAAUGCUGUUUUACCCAUGUGGAUAUUGACACCAAAAGGGCAAAUUACAGAUAGUGAUAAUUCUACUGCUUGGACCCCUGAGUUCUGUUACGGGUACGAUUCAGAUAAUGGUUGUGUGGAGUCGAGUUUGCCGUCGUGCAGGAGAGAGACUGAUAAUUUCAGUGUAAAGAAUGGCGAGUUUGAUCCAAACAUGGCGAGAAGUGUUAUUGAUGACAACUCAAGCAUAAGCAUUAGUGAUUGUUUUGUGAAGUGCUGGAAUAGUUGCAGUUGUGUUGGGUUUAAUAGCAGUACCGUUAAUGGAACCGGUUGUACCAUUUGGACCGGAAGCAACAGUUUUUCGGUUAAUCCACGCGACAAUUCUACAUCGAAGUAUGUAAUCAACCAAAAUCCAAUCAAUCCAAGUACAGGAAACAAAACAAAAAAGAACAUGAACUGGAUAUGGGUUCUUAUUGGUGUUGCGAUUCCUAUACUUUUUCUUUGUUUGGGGAUUUUAUGGUGUAUAAAGAAGAGAAAGCAUCGACGAGAAGAAUACGAGAGGCGGAAGAGAGAUGAAUAUUUCCUUGAGCUGACAGCUUCUGAAAGCUUUAAGGAUGUACAUCAACUCGAAAACAAUGGUGGGAAAGGAAGCGAUUUGUUAUUGUUUAGCUUCGCCUCUAUCAUGGCAGCCACCGAUGAUUUUUCAGAUGAAAAUAAACUCGGUCAAGGUGGUUUUGGACCUGUUUACAAGGGAAAACUAAGCGAUGGACGAGAAAUUGCAAUCAAAAGGCUUUCAAGAACAUCAGGGCAAGGGCUUGUGGAAUUCAAGAAUGAAUUAGUACUCAUUGCCAAACUCCAGCACACAAAUCUUGUUCGGGUUCUUGGUUGUUGCAUUCAUCAGGACGAAAAGAUGUUAAUCUACGAGUACAUGCCCAACAAGAGCUUAGAUUUCUUCCUUUUCGAUGAAAACAGAAAGGCGGAGUUGGAUUGGUCUAAACGAUUCAACAUCAUCGAAGGAAUUGCUCAGGGGUUACUCUACUUGCAUAAGUACUCAAGAAUGCGAGUUAUUCAUAGAGAUCUAAAAGCAAACAACAUUCUGUUAGACGAGAGUAUGAACCCCAAGAUUUCUGAUUUUGGCAUGGCGAGAAUAUUUAAGCAGAACGAGACCGAGGCAAUGACUAACAGAGUGGUUGGAACAUACGGUUACAUGUCUCCAGAGUAUGCAAUGGAAGGGACUUUCUCGAUCAAGUCCGACAUCUUCAGCUUUGGUGUCUUGAUCCUGGAAAUCGUCAGCGGAAGAAGAAACAGUAGCUUUGUUCAUCUUGACCGGACAUUCAAUCUUAUUGGAUAUGCAUGGGAGCUAUGGCAACAAGGGGAUGCAUUGUUGUUGAAGGAUCCAACACUGGGAGAUACUUGUAUUGUACAACAAUUCCUGAGAACCGUUCAUGUGGCACUUCUCUGUGUACAAGAAAGUGCAAUGGAUCGUCCAACAACAUCCGAUAUGAUCUCCAUGCUUCUCAAUGACACCAUAACGUUACCUACCGUAAACAGACCCGCAUUCAUUACCAACAGAGCGGAGUUGAAGUCGAGUUCAGAUGAAAGCAAAACGAAAGAUUGCUCUAUAAACAAUAUGACCAUCACUAUAAUGGAGGGCCGAUAGGGUACGAAACUAUGCAAGUAGUUGCUUCUAUAGUUCUAUAGGAUUAGCAUAUCAUUCUUUGUGAAUUCAUUGUUUUUUCGUUUCUGCAUUGUUGCAUCAGAUAGUUUAUUCGUUUCUUGAAUUCAAUCAUGUCUUCAUCGGAUA